GUUGCCGACACCUUCCGAUCAAGUCGGCCAAAGGGUUGCCACGCGCGCAAUGCUCCUGCAGGCAGCGUUUAUUCUAGUUUUGUCCAGCGCUUUCGUUUGGGUGAUACGGCGACGUCACCGGCAUGGUCUAUUUGAAAGGCUUGGUGUACCGGGGCCCAAACCAGAUUUCCUAUGGGGAAACUGGAAACAACUCAAGCAAGAUCGCAUUCGAGUAAUGGAUCAGUGGAUUCAACACUAUGGCAAGGUGUUUGGUGUAUAUUUUGGCGACAAGCCCUUCAUGGUUAUCACUGAUGUCGAGAUCAUCAAAGAAUGCUUCAUCAAGGCUGCCAAGGUAUUCCAGGACCGGCCAAUGUAUGCUAUCGAUGUGGAACCGUUUAAAAAUGGAUUGCCUUUCUUACGAGGUUAUGACUAUGGCGUCCUCUUCAGCUUCUGGGGUGUCAAGGUGCUGUAUCGUUACUGUGGCGAUCCCACGGAGGGAAUAGUCCACGACGCUGACGGCAUGGACGUGUGUGCCCUCGUAGCUGUCCGCAUCCGUGUACCGCAUGUCGUGCGUGCUGUGUCGCGAAUGAAUGUCGAUCUGCUUCUUGCAGGAGAGAAGUGGCGGGAAGUACGCUCAGUAUUCAACACGUGUUUCACCGCUGGAAAAGUAAAGAAAGUAUUUGACAUUAUCGACGGCAGCAUGGCAGGCCUUGUGCAGAAAUUCGGUGAAGCUGCACGUUUUGGCGACAUUGUCGACGCCCACGAAGCAAGCCGCGGCAUGGUAUUGGAGAUGAUCACAAAGACUUUGCUUGGACUGGAGGCAGACCGGAGAACGAAGAGUGACGACCCUGUACUCAGAUCACUCAAUGUGAUAUUCCAAGAAGCGGACAACGCGUUGUUUGAGGGCGCGUUUGCGUAUCCGGGCCUCCGUAGCAUUCUUGAGUGGCUCUAUCCGGUUACAUCUUUCUGCAAAGCAGUGCAGAAUGUCAUGGACCAUACGGUGAUUACUAUAAAAAAACGCAGGAAGGGUGAAACUGAGCGAAAAGGUGAUGUGCUCCAGCACAUUCUCGAUGCUCAAAAAGGCGUUGGACAUUUUCUACCCACAGCACGUGAAACUGAGCGAAAAGAUGAUGUGCUCCAGCACAUUCUUGAUGCUCAAAAAGGCGUUGGAAAUUUUCUACCGACAGCACGCUCUAGCGCGCGUCUUAUCGAUGACCACAAAUUGUUAUGCAACAUCGUCGUGCUUCUUAUGGCUGGCCUCGAGACAACUUCUGCCUCUCUGGCUUUUCUGUUGUACCUUCUCGCGAAGCACCCGGAAGAGCAGCAAAAAGUACGAGCUGAAAUUCACAGAGUGCUCCAUCGUCACAAAAACUCUGAUAUGGAAUGUGGCAUAACCAAUUUUGAAGAAAAGCAAGGACUCGAACACAAACGACGGGAAACAAAAGAUAACAUUCCCGGCUCGUCAUCCUCGCAUAGCUCGGAGAAGCCGACAAAUGCGAGCCAGAAUUCCGAGAACGAAUGUUUGGACACAAAACAUGGCGAGCGAACAGCUGUGCCAAAGGCCUCGUCACAUCUGCGAAGCGAAAAGAUGGAGCUCGAUGAAGACGAUGUCAUGCUGCUCGAGCGCCUCGACAUGGUCGUUCGAGAGGGGAUGCGCUUGUACCCGGCAAUUCCGGUCGCCAUAAUGCGGGAGUGUGUCGAGGACACCACCAUACUGGGCCGAUUCAUUCCAGAGGGAACGGGCGUUUUCGCGCCAACGUGGCACAUCCACAGGAACCCAGAGAUCUGGCCUGAACCAAAUCGCUUUAUACCGGACCGCUUCUCGCCAGCACAGCGAGACAUAGUGACCUGCAGCUACUUCCCCUUCGGCCUUGGGCCCAGGAUGUGUGUGGCAAGCAGGCUAGGAAUGGUUACGGUAAAGACAGCGCUUUAUACAAUAAUAAGAAAUUUCGAGAUUUCUCUCGCCGAGGACAUCCAGGACCCGCUCCCGGUAUUUGUGGAUCAUGUGAUUAUUAAUCCAGCAGUGCCUAUAAAACUGCGGGUUAAGCGGAUAAAGUUGGAAUGAACACGCGUGCAGUGAUGUGCACUGUUUAUGCCACUUGAAAUAAUAUUGAAAUAGUGUAAUAUUGUAUGCAGUGAUUGUUUGAGUUCGGGCUAUGUAUUUAGAAAUGAGUUUAUUUCUUCUGCUUCGCGCAGCACAAUGUAUUGUUCACCUAUUGAACCAGUAAAGAUACCCUAAUAUUACUGGCACAACAGACUGUUCCAGAAUUUUAUCUUAUUUACUAAUACGUCCCGCGUUAGAGAUGACCUUAAAGUUUCAUAUCUGCUUAUUAAUUGUUACCUUUCCACAUUAUUGGGUUUCGUAAUGGCCUAGCCUAUGUACAACAGUUGAAUUAAGAAGAAAACGCACAAUACGAAAAAUAAUGAUGCAAUUACCAAACAUACCUUCAGAUUUUGGCACGUACAGGAUUUCUCAGAUUUGAACGCGCCAGAUAGCGCCAUUCCGCGACACUGCGAUAUUAGCUAAAUUAUAAUACGUUGCUCACUUAAGGACCUCAACAAAACAUUUCCUUUAGAUUACUUCCGUUAACUGCCCAGUUAUAGCCAUUAUUAAUCAAAUAACGCCAUUUCAGAUCGAUUCCUGGGCACUAACAGCACAAGUUUAGCAAUCUAGCUCCCUAACUGCACUUAUAAGUAAAGGGGGCAUUCGAAUUAAUAAUAUUUUUAUCACACUGUUCCUGUCACACCUUGGCACUGCAGCACUAAGAAAGGCAACGUCGAAUAUGCGUGGCCUUUUCCUCGACACCUCAAUGUUUUCACCAUGUUUCCACAAUGUUUUGCUGGUUUUACGUGUCCACCCCUC